AUGCCUCUCAGCCAAAUGCCGGGGCUGAUGGCCGCACGCUGCUUGCGCGUUGCCGGGCCUCCAGGUGGUAGAGCAGGGCGUCUGGUCAGGUUGAAGCAGACAUUUGCCGUCGGCGCAGCCGUUGUCGGCCCUGGCCGCCAACUUGCCGGCUUCUCGUCGGCGACCCCACUCCAUCGAAGCGGGGGAUCAACAUUGCCGUCAUCCUUCACUGCUCCUAUAAAAUCAUCGGCUCGGCCCGUCGUUGAAGAUGAGUUCAAGGCCACCAUUGAGCAAGCUCGCAAUCUUUCGUCAAAGUCCACCGAGAUGUACACCGCGUCGUUUGCCUUCUUUGAGGCGCUAUGGGACGCUGGCGUCUCCCACUGCUUCGUCAACCUGGGCUCCGACCAUCCCAGCAUCAUCGAAGCUAUGGUCAAGGGUCUCAGAGAGAAGAAAGGAAACUUCCCCCGAAUUAUCACAUGUCCCAAUGAGAUGGUGGCCAUGUCCAUGGCCGAUGGCUAUGCUCGCCUGACCGGGAAGCCGCAGUGUGUUAUUGUCCACGUCGAUGUGGGAACGCAGGGUCUCGGUGCCGCAGUGCACAAUGCCUCAUGCGGCCGCGCGCCUAUCCUGGUCUUUGCCGGCCUCUCCCCCUUCACACUCGAGGGCGAGCUGCGGGGUAGCCGUACCGAGUACAUCCACUGGAUUCAGGACGUCCCAGAUCAAAAGCAAAUUGUCUCCCAGUACUGCCGUUAUUCCGGCGAGCUCAAGACGGCAACCAAUGUCAAACAAAUGGUCAACCGUGCCCUGCAAUUCUCCAAAUCCGACCCACAAGGACCCGUGUACCUUUGCGGCGCAAGAGAGGUCAUGGAGGCCGAGAUCGAGCCGUACAGCAUCCGCCAAGCAGAUUGGGAUCCGGUUGAGCUCGGUGGCCUUGCCAAGGGCGCCGUGAACAAGAUCGCCGAGGCACUGGCUGGCGCCAAGGAGCCCCUCGUCAUCACCGGGUUUGGCGGCAGAAACCACAAGUUCCCGGCUGCGCUCGUCGAGCUCGCCAACACGGUCAAGGGCCUGCGCGUCGUCGACACUGGCGGGAGCGAUAUGUGCUUCCCGGCAGACCACCCCGGCUGGCUGGGUCUUCGCUUUGGCAUUGAAGAAGCUAUCAAGACGGCCGACGUCAUCCUCGUUCUCGACUGCGAUGUGCCGUGGAUCAACACCUUGUGCCACCCCAAGACGGACGCCAAGAUUUUCCACAUCGACGUCGAUCCAUUGAAGCAGCAGAUGCCCGUGUUUUACAUUGCCGCGGAGUCGAGAUACCGCGCGAGCAGCCUGGAAUCGAUCGAGCAGAUCACCACCCACCUCAAGGGCCAGUUCGCCGCGCAGCUGGAAUCGGCCGAGGCCAAGCAGCGCGAAGCCAAGGUCAAGGAGUCACACAAGAAGCUCUUGGCCACGAUCGAGGAGAAGGCACAGCCCAAAGCGGAUGGCGAGUUUGGAACCGGCCACCUCUCGCGGACGCUGAAGAAGCUCUGCCCCGAGGACACGAUCUGGGCGAUCGAGGCCGUGACCAACACGGUAUUUGUCCACGACAACAUCCAGCCGACGCUGCCCGGGUCAUGGAUCAACUGCGGCGGCGGCGGGCUCGGCUGGUCGGGCGGCGGCGCUCUUGGCAUCAAGUUGGCUACCGACUUCGAGAACGGCGGCAAGGGCAAGUUUGUGGUCCAAAUUGUCGGCGACGGAACGUUUCUGUUCUCGGUGCCAGGUAGCGUGUACUGGAUCGCGAAGCGUUACAACAUUCCCGUACUGACCAUUAUCUUGAACAACAAGGGAUGGAAUGCGCCCCGGCGGUCACUGCUUCUGGUACACCCCGACGGUGAAGGCUCCAGGGCGACGAAUGAAGAAAUCAACAUCUCGUUCGAUCCGGCGCCCGAUUACUCGGGAAUCGCCAAAGCGGCAGCGGGCGGAGAUCUGUUCGCUGCUCGCGUGGACAAGUUGGAAGAACUUGAGGGAGUGCUCAAGAAAGCGAUCGAGACGGUUCAGGGCGGACAACCGGCCGUGCUGGAUAUCAAGGUGGCCAUGGGUUCUUGUCUGUGCUCGACGCCAGUGGGCGAAGAUCCCUGUUUAGCAACACCACCACCACAUGGAUGCAAGCAGAGACAGGGACGAUGGCAAGACCAGGUGAUCAAGACCGCCAAGGGCAGCAAGAGAAACGAAAAAGGACGAUCCGGGAUCGGCAAAUUCGACAAUAUCCAGCUACCCACCUCUUAUCUGCCAAUCUACUCAUUUGUAUGCGCCAUUCCUGCGAGUCAUUCGCCACCUCGCGUCAACUGUUAUCAUCAUCAUCAUCGUCGUCGUCGUCGUCGUCGUCGUCAUUGUUGCCGUGGUUCUUGCAUAUUCAAAAUCAUCCAUUUAGAUCCCACUUUGCGUCGUGGCCUUGGCCUGUUGUCGCUACUGCUGCUGCGAAUCCGUCUUCUCGUCCGUUCGUUUACACGCUGCGGUACAGGUAGCUCGUUCCCGAUCGAGUUCCCUUCAUCAUCAUCAUCAACAUCAUCAUCAUCAUCAUCGAAACGGCCUCCUGCUCCGACCCCUGCACGACGCUACCUCGCUCUUCCCUGCUUCUGCUCUUGGAACCGCAACCUCCGCUGCAGUGUGUUGGGCUAA